GUUACUUAUUGGUCUGUGGUAUAUGUUGUCAACUCUAUGAUUGAGGCCAAACUUUCUGGAAUCUUGUGAAUUUAGCUGAAAAAGUUACCAAUUUGAAUUUAUAGUGCAUCUAUAUUGUGUCAUCAUGUUCAAAAAGUUCGAUGAGAAGGAGAGCAUCUCAGGAGUUCAACAGCUGAAGUCCUCCGUGCAGAAGGGAAUCCGCUCUCGCCUUCUUGAACUAUACCCACACUUGGAGAACCACAUCGACCAGGUGCUGCCGAAGAAGGACACCUUUCGGAUUGUGAAAUGUCACGAUCACAUCGAAAUCAUGGUGAACAGUGCUGGCGAGCUGUUGUUCUUUCGCCACCGCGAGGGACCAUGGAUGCCCACUUUGAGGCUUCUGCACAAAUACCCCUUCUUCCUUCCAAUGGAACAAGUUGACAAAGGGGCAAUUCGCUUCGUUCUCAGUGGGGCCAACAUUAUGUGCCCCGGUCUGACGUCACCAGGGGCAAGGAUGUCACAAGUUGACAAGGGGAGUGUUGUAGCUGUGAUGGCUGAAGGGAAACAGCAUGCACUCGCCGUGGGCAUCACGUCUCUUUCUACCAACGACAUCGCCAAAGUGAACAAGGGUGUAGGAAUAGAAAACUGCCACUACUUGAACGACGGCCUGUGGCAGAUGAAACCUGUGAAAUGAAGAGUUACGUUUAAUGCCUAAAGUUAUUAUAAGUUUCUUUUUUAAUUUAAUAAUGUAAAGUGAUUAAAAGGGCUCUUUCCUUUCUGAGA